AAGUCCAAAUAAACCUACAAAAUGAAAAUGAUCAUUGUUGCCCUCGCUGUCGUGGCCGUUGUUGCUGCCGCCCCUGCUGAUGUCCCUGUGUCCCAGAUCCUUCGUAGUGAAUUUGACCAAAAACCCGAUGGCAGUUACUCGUACAGCUAUGAAACCGAUAAUGGAAUAAACAUUCAAGCAUUCGGUGAAAUAAAGCAAGCUGUGGACGAAGAAAACAAACCUCACGACGUCGUGGUAGUCCGUGGAACCUACGAAUACAUUAAUGACCAAGGCAAAAAGGAAACCAUCACCUACUAUGCUGAUGAAACCGGCUACCACGCUGAAGGAGAAUCAAUCCCUAAGGUGCCCGUUGCCAGUAGAUAAAUAAUUACAACCAAGGAAUUUCGCUUUAACAAGAAAAUCGAUUAAAUAAUUACUUUAUUUAGUCAGUUAGUUGUAUAUGAGUAAAAAUGAGUACUCAGUGCCAUAUAUUUGUACCUUUUGUUAUGAUCGUUAACUUGUGGUAUUCUUAAAGCGAAUAAAUGUUACUGAUUUUUUAACAA